GGGGGAAGGGGGGGGACGAUGAGAUGUCAGGCACGCAAAUAGAAAGAAGGAAGGUAUCCGGAUUGUCCGGAGAGCAAAAUAACAGUCCGGAGAGCAAAUAGCCGUCCGGAGAGCAAAUAACCGUCCGGAGAGCAAAAUAACACAGCCCGUGCGGCCUCGAGUUGGUUUGCUGGCGGCUUGGGAACAAUGAAAUUAGAAAAAUGGGAGAAGCGAGGAAUGUUGAGGGCUGAGUAGGAGUGACAAGCUCUAUUGUCGAGAUUUCUCUUUGUGGUGGACGCAUAUGCUCCGCCCGUAUUGCGUGUUAUGGGUGUGAUGAGAGCCUAUUAGUGUACACGGGAGGUGGUGGUGGUGGUGUGGGGGAUGAGGAAGGAACGCCGAGGAGAUGAGGGUAUCCCCGAAGCUAUGAUGAUGGCGAUGAUGGCGAUGAUGGCGAUGAUGUAUGUUUGUUUCUGUGCAGGAAGAGAGCGGAAUAGUGGGGAGAGUGGGGAGAGUGGGGAGAGUGGGGAGAGUGGGGAGAGUGGGGAGAGUGGGGAGAGUGGGGAGAGUGGGGAGAGUGGGGAGAAUGGGGAUGAUUGGGAUAGUGGGGAUAGUGGGGAUAGUGGGGAUAAUGGGAAUGGUGGGGAUGGUGGGGAGAGUUGGAGAGUGGGGAGAGGAUAG